GGCGCUGACUAAUAGUCAUGUGACAAGUUCUUCCUCAUCCCGCCAGCCUCGUCACUCGGACUCAUUCCUUGUUUAAACUCCCGCAGAUAUGGCCCGGCUAAGGUUGUUGCUUGGCACUUCUUUCCUUGCUGUAGUGAUAUUCACCGCGUUGAGCCAUGGCUUACCGUGCACAUUGGUGUAUGAACAACAGGAAUACGACUUAAGCAGUCUGUCCGCCGUGGACCACUGGCAGGUGAAAAUGACUAACGCUACUGGCAAUGACACGGUGAUUUACCUAAGUGUGUGCCAUCCACUCAGAAAUGUUCCGAGAGGCUGCUCCGGUAAUGAUACUGGUGCAUGUAUCGCUAAAGUAUCUAGUGAAAACAACGUGGAAGUCACUGUGCCUAACGCUGGGCGGGUGACCUCUGAUGGCUUAAGUCUUCAUGGACAAUUGGUGGAAUAUGUGAUGGGUGGUGGGGAUUCAUGCCCUGAAGGAGGAAAUAUAUAUCGUACCUUCAUCAACUUUAUAUGUACCCAGACACCUGAGGAAGAGACUGGGCCUGUACUUAUGAGCCUCACCAGGUGCCAGAUCCUCAUUGCUUGGAUGACGAGGUCUGCUUGCCCCCGCCGCUUGGAUGUGGUCACUGACACACAAUGCUCCAUACAAUUUCCCUCCUCUCACCACAAAUUACACUUACAGACUUUGCGUGCUGAAAAAUUUUACUCCGCAUCCUCUGUUCAACCCAAUGCAGAGUAUGAGAUCAACAUCUGUGGUCCUGUUAUGAAUGGCUCUUGCAAUAGGAAAGAUGUAGCUGUGUGUCACCACCCUGAGGGCAGAAGUCCUGAAGUCAUGGCCACCACACAAAACAUGAAUGUCAUGUGGGGAGAACAUGAGACCCUUAUUCUGACCUACCAAGCAUCUGAUCAGGGAAAGAAUGUGGAAGUUAUAUUUAUGUGUGACCUUAGUACUGCCAAGACUGAAGUCAACUAUAUGUCACAGAAUGACACAACUGUAUCCUUUGGUGCACAAACAUCUGCAGUAUGCCCUCCAUCUGCUAACCCAAGCUGUGUACUAAAGGACCAUGUUGGCAAUGUGUAUGACCUGCGACCUCUUCACAGGCAGCAAGAUAACUGGGAGGUGCUUCGGUCAACCAGUGAUGGCCAGGAGAUUUUGUACUACCUCAACAUAUGCGGACCAGUGAAUCCAGGUAGACAUUUCACAUGUCCUCCAGGCCUUAUUGGGGCAUGCAUGGCUGGAAUAAGUGAACAUUCUGCUUAUAAUCUAGGCCUUCUGAACUCUGAACCAACAAUCAACGUUGAAGAAGACUCCAUCACUAUCAUGUAUAAUGGAGGUGAACCUUGUAAGGGAGGCCAGCAUAGCUAUUCCACCAGAAUCAACCUGAUUUGUAGCCCUGAUGAACAUGGUCCAGUCCUAGUGAAAGAAACUGAAACUUGUGAGCAUGUUUUUGAUUGGCUGACCCCAGUGGCAUGUCCACGCCACUUAAACAUAGGGAGUGAUUGCCGAGUUGAAGAUCCUCUUUAUGGUAAUGUUUAUGACCUCAACCCAUUAAGAAAUAUUCACAAAGAUUACAGAGUGACUGGUGAGGGGGAUGAGUUUUUUAUCAAUUUGUGUGGUCCACUAGUGUCCUCCUGUGAUGGUCAGAAUGGUACAUCAGGAGUAUGCCAAAUCAGUAAUGGUCAACAGAUAAAUGCAGGACUUUCUACAUCUCAAGUAACCUUCAAUGAUGGAACCUUAAUUAUAAAGUACACAAAUGGAACAAGUGGCUGCCAGGCUAACAACACUAGAUCCUCACAGAUAAUUUUUCUCUGUGACCAUGAAGUAAGUGGCAGAGAUGGUCCCAAGCAUUUCAGACAAAAUGGAUGUUCAAAUGUCUUUUUCUGGAAAACAAAGUAUGCCUGUCCUUCUUUCCAUGUGGUUGACUGCACAUUAUACACUGCAGAUGGGACGAUGUACAACCUUCAAGAAUUGUCUUCGUCUUCCUCAAACCUUGAAUACUAUACAGCAGAUGAUAAAAAGUUUAUACUAAAUGUAUGCAGGUCUGUGGUGCAUCAAAAAGGCAGCAGGUGUGCGUACAGAGCAGGGGCAUGUAUUGUAGACCGUACUUACCAUAACAAUUCUGUAAAUAUUGGAGAGGUGCAAAGUGGACUCUAUCUUGAAGAUGGAAGACUCAUGAUAAGAUAUGCAAGAGGUGACCAAUGUGUGGGGCAUGAACGGUCUUACCAAACUCUCAUUGAAUUAAAAUGUGACAAAGAUGAAACCUACCCUAUCCCACAGUUGAUUAGUGAAGAAAACUGUACUUAUUAUUUUGAGAUCAAAAGUGCAGCAGCUUGCCCAGUGUCCAUGAAGAAUAAUACUAUGCCUCUGGUUGGAAAAGACUGUGCUGUCACAAGCCCCAGUGGUUAUGUUUUUAAUCUCAGUUCUUUAAAACGAGAAACUGAUUAUGAAAUCAAGAACCAGAAUGUCACCAUGACUCUGAAUAUCUGUGGAGCUUUAAAUAAUCCAGAAUGCCCAGGAGAAGGUGUUGGCAUCUGUAGCAAGGAUGUUAAUGCUGGUCAGGCAAAUGCUAAUCUUUACUACCUACCUGGACACCUCUCUCUCCACUACACGGGGGGAGAGCAAUGCCAUGGUAUUAUAAAUCGCUCCACCAUUAUCACUUUUGUGUGUGGUGCUGAAAAUGUGACUGAAGGCCCUGUGCUUGUCUUUGAUGAUAAAUACUCCUGUAUAUACUUCAUUACUUGGUACACUGAAUUGGCUUGUGAAAAGAGGAUAUCAUGCUUUGUGGAUACCUGGACCCACCGCAUUGAUCUCUCUCCACUCAUCAAGUCAGUUGACAAUUAUGAGACUGUCAACCCAGAAAAUCCCAAGGAAAAAUUUUACCUUAAUGUAUGUAGACCAUUGAAUCCCAUUGUUGGUCUUAACUGUCGGCCAGGAUCUGCUGUGUGCCUUUCCAAGCCAGGUCUACAAGGAAAUAAUCCUCUCAGCCUUGGCCACCCCAAUAUAAUACCAGUAUCUGACAAUGAAGGUGCCAAUAUUAUGUACGUACAUGGAGCCAAGUGUACUACUGAACCAGACUACAAUCUCUCUUCAAUGAUACACUUCAUAUGUGACCCAAGUGCAGGCAAGGGAAAGCCAGUGUUCAAGGAGGUGACACAUGACUGUCAGUACCAGUUUGAGUGGCGCACAUCAGUGGCAUGUGAUAUAUUGUUCAAGGAAGAAGAUUCUGGUCCACAAUGUCAAAUCAGAUAUGAUCAAGCCAAAGCAAACAUUGAUCUGAAACCUUUGUAUCGCCCUGAAGGAUAUCAUGUGCAGUUUAGAAGCAAAACUUUCACUGUAAAUGUUUGUGGGCCAGCAUGCAACAAUUCAGAUCUGUUGUAGUGGUGUAUGGAUUCAUGUAAUUGGCUCAUAGCCAAGAGGAGCUUGGUUCAAGAUCCGUAUCUAAUAGAGAAAAGAUGCCGUAAGCCAUUAUGACUUAUCCCUGUAACCAACUGAGGAGGCCAGUUUUCAGCUGUUAACUUAUUAGCCUGAUGGUGAGUGAUAAUGUUCAGAAGAAAUUUAAUCUAAAUUAGUUUCAUUUAAUGUUGUGCCAUUUCUCAAGUGUUGUGACUACAACUGUCAACAUCAUAUUAGAAAAUGUAUGCUGUGAUUACAGUUUUUACUAUUUGAUAAAUAACUAGAAUAAUUUCACGCACGCACGCACACACACACACACACACACACACACACACACACACACACACACACACACACACACACACACACACACACACACACACACACACACACACACACACACACACACACACAAAGAUGUUAAUUUAGUAUGAGAUACAUUCCGAGAGAUGUUCCUUUAAAUCAGUUUUACAUUUAAGUGAUGUGUUUCUUUAUUAAAUAACUAAAUCUGGUUCUUGAAAGGAACAUGAAACAUCUGUAUUAAGUAAAUAUAGUAUAAUAAUCUAUUGUUUUAAUUUUGAAGUGGCUCUUUCCUUUGCAUACAAAGUGUAUGUCAAGAAAACAAUAAAUUGAAGGGGGAAAAAAAUCAAAUGCCUCUAAAAGUGAUAUUUUGACAUAUUUUUUGUUGGCUUCUUUAUUAUUUUACAUUUUUGUGUUACAUUUUACACUUGCUUAUAUGAAGACAUUCAUUUUGUACUUCUUUAUAUGAAAACAUAAUCCAAGUUUCUUGACUGUCUCUUUGGAGGAUUAAAAAGACCAUCUUACAUACUGAGAUGCUAUUUAGUGCUAAGUUUAUAUAUCAUGAAGUAGUAUGCCAAGAAAAUUUGAUGGCAUAUACAAAAUUUUCUUAUAUAUAUAUAUAUAUAUAUAUAUAUAUAUAUAUAUAUAUAUAUAUAUAUAUAUAUAUAUAUAUAUAUAUAUAUAUAUAUAUAUAUAUAUAUAUAUAUAUAUAUAUAAUUUUUUUUUUUGCUUUACUGUUAAUUAAUUUUCUGUGCAUUUCAUGAGAAGAAAUAAGAGUAGUUAUUGUGUAUGCUUUGAGUUUUAGUUUAGUAAAAAACCAGCAAAAUAUAUAUAAAGAAGCAUUUAUUAGAGACAGUGGGCAAGAGAAACCACUAAAAUGCUCCAAGAAUAGGUAAUUAACAAAACUGGUGAUUCAUUAAUGACUUUUUACAUCAUUGUUGCCCAGUCAUAAGGUUUAUGUUAGUGCACAAACAGAAUGAAGAGUAAUAUAUACUUAGAUGCAAGCCUGUGUUGCAUUAUGUUAUGGAAACCAUAUAAUUAAUUUGUAUAACUUUUACAUAAGAUCAGUAAGAAGAGGGAAUAGCCCCAAAAUAAAGUAGAAUCAAUGGUAGAAUGGAAAUGAGGAUGUCAGCCAACUAAAAGAAGACAGAAGAAUAAAAAAUAAAAAGAAGUCAGGGAACAGAAUAAAAAGUUAUGCAUUGGAAAAAAGAUGCCAGCUGGAAUAAAAACAAUGUAAAUAAGAAAUACUGGAACUGGUUGUGAAAAAGACUUAUCCUUGAGAAAUGGAGCAAAUGCUACCUUAGCAGAAAUUAACUGGUAAAGCAUGGCUAAAUAUCAAAUAAAAGGAGAAAAUUUAAUUGAGACUGCAAGGCAUGUUAUUUUCUGCAGAAUCUCAAUAGUGAGUUAUAAAGGCACCAAAAACUAGAUCUUGUAUAAAUGAGUGCAAAGCAAUCAUAACUGUAAUCUAGCUUAGAAUGAGAUAUACAUGCAGAUGUUGAGUGCACCCCAAGAAACAUGAAAUAAGGACUGGGACAUCAGCUUUUCAAAACAUAAAACUUAAUAGAAGAAUGUCUUUUAUCUAAAAGAGACUUGUUUCUUCUUAUUGAGGAAUUUAUUAUAAGGAUAUUGCUACAAAAUUCACUUGCUUAUAUUCAGAAAGAGGAUUAUAUACUAAAACAUAAUGAUAAUAAAGAAAUGGGUAGUUUCAGCAGUUGUCUGAAAAUUGCUGAACAUCAUUAACCAGAGCACAAAAGUCAUCUAUGAAAAAUAGAAUUUCUACAUAGCAUCAUGUCUCUUAGCAUACUGCUUCAUGACAGCUGCUUAUCUCAUGAGAGAUUAAGUUUGUAUUAGUCUACUGUUUGCCAGAGUGGACAUCCCAAGAACAUAACAUAUAUAUAUUUCACCUUGUAUAUAAGCAUGGGUCUCUCUCUCUCUCUCUCUCUCUCUCUCUCUCUCUCUCUCUCUCUCUCUCUCUCUCUCUCUCUCUCUCUCUCUCUCUCUCUCUCUCUCACACACACACACACACACACACACACACACACACAUGUAUGUACAGUAUAUACUCAAGUAAUAGUCAGUCUUUUGCAAAACCUUAACAUAGGUUUUUUUCAUGCAGUGGUUUUGAUCCACAGUGUCAUACCAGGGAUGGGAUGUGGAUUUUUAAAACAUAUUACCUAUUCUGUAAACACUACUUGUAAGCAAAAAUGAUACAUGAAUGAUACUUUAUGUAUUCAGUUUCACUAUAAUCACUAUUCCUGAAGGGGUAUGUGAUUGCAUUUCCCUGAAAUUAUUAUAACUGUAACAAAAUACUACCAGUCUGUUGAUCUGAGGUGUAGACACAUUGAGUUGGUGACAGUAGCAUAUUAUGUUAGACUGACAUUUUUUUUCUUUUUUAUAUCAGUUGCAGUAUUUACAUUGCUCAUUUCAAUGUUUUAAAGUAUGUGACUCCAACAAAGACAAAAAUGUAAUGGGCAAAAACCUGCAGUGCAAUAUUGAUGCUGGGUAGUUAUAGUAUGUGUACAAUAUUGUGGUAGUUACAGUAGCAUAGAUUUCAGUCACUAAAAUGUAAUCUUGAUGUAGAAGUUGAUCUCAUACACUUGUGUCCAAAACUGGUUUCAAAGUACUGACCUAUAUUCAAGUAUAUACAGCAUGUAUGUUAUCAUUUACUUAUUACAGACCAUUGCUUAUUGUUUAUUAGCUUCAUUUAAUUUGAACUUUUCUGUUAUUUGGAUAUGUACAGUAGUGUAUACAGACCAUAUAUGCCACAAAAUAUGCUGCAAUAGAUAAACAUAGGUAUAAAAAUAAUGAGAGAGAGAGAGAGAGAGAGAGAGAGAGAGAGAGAGAGAGAGAGAGAGAGAGAGAGAGAGAGAGAGAGAGAGAGAGAGAGAGAGAAUAAU